GAAGGCCAAAAACGUACAGAACAUCCAACGAAAUGGACCACUACGCUUCGCUGUCACCGGCAGCUACCAUCAUGUCCCACUAGUCCUUUUCACCGCUGAAAGCACGAUUAGGCGCGAAGUUGUUUUUACGGGGGAGGAAAGGAUACUUUUGCGCGCUAUUUCCAGUAAAACUGGCCAUUGCGGAUGAAAAAAAAAAAGAUUGCAUAAUGAAUAGGCCUAGGCCACAGUUGAAGGCACAAUCCUGCCAAAAAAAAAUUGAAAGUAACGACAAAAACCUUACAUCACGUCGAGGAGCCGUCCACAAUAAUGGUGACAGAUAAAAUAUCUCUAUUAUUUUUUUUGGGGGGGGUCUGCGACAGUAAAGUACAGUACCCAGAACAGACGGCCAAAAUAUUCCCUUUACGUUUGCUGAUAUGCAAAAUACAAGCAAUGAUUGUGUACACAGAACACGCAGUGUGACCAAGCAGCGGAAGUGAUGAAGAGCUGUGAGAGCAAAGUACAUUACCCUUUAUGAUAAUAAUCACCAAGGCCUCGUGCCAUUACUGUUCUCUCGUGCGUUGCGCGCUUAGUGGUUUUGUUCGACCCGCACAGGCCUGCACUGUACCGUCAGGCCGAUCUCGGCGUCUGCCCCAUAUGAGCUGAGGACGCGGUGCAAUCCGGAGGCCAUCUUUAAGAAGCUAUUGUUCCAUCAGAUGCGAGGAGUCGUCCAAAUCGAGUCACCCACAGCGUCACGCGCGUAUUAGAUGACCCAGAGUGAGAUUCUAGAGACACCGAUUUGGAGGGAGUCAUAGGCUACAAUAAGUGUCCGUUUUCCAGUCGUUUCUUGGACCACACAAGCAAGGAUGACAACCCCAAAACUGAGCGCUGUGAUCAAUUUCUACGAGAAGAUAACCCCGCCGCCAGAUUUUGCGACUUUCGUCGAUGGAUGGAAGAGCCUAGGCCAAUACGUGGAGACGCUGGAUCACUACAUAGCCGCACAGCUUCACCGGAACAUCGACGAAAAGGGCUUGUUUCCUUACGCAAAUUUCUCAACGUUUACCGGUUCCCAUGAGAGGAUUAUCAACGACUUCAUGCACCCUGAUCCGGAACUGAUUAAGGCUGUGGUCAAGGGUCACGGUAUGCCAGGAGUUCAAGUGAAUCACCCAGGUGGUUAUGACGAAAUCGCGACACUGGAAGGAAAGCCGAUAAUUCCCGACAUGCCUGCUCGCCUCGACUCGCUGUUUAUCCUGAGUGCCUUCAGGAGUAAGGUCUCCGACACAGAACUGAGCAACAGCGGUGACCUGGAGAAGGAGUGGCUACGCUGGACGGGCAUAACCGCGGUAAAGGAGGCAGCCCCUGCCGGGGUCCGCCUCGGUACAGCCGGGCUGUACAAGCGGUUUACCCCUGGAGAACCCUACAAGGCUGUAACGUAUGUGAUGAGGUGCGAGCUCCUCGGGUUGAAGGAGAACUUCCAACCCGGGCUGGAAGUGGUGAAGAUCAUUAAAGAGACGGGGGCACCGGAGGGCCUGGAGUUAGUAGACAGCGCCCUCUACUGCCUCGACGAAGACACCAUUAGCGUGGCUGCGAAAUCCAAAUAAGUGUGACAUCACUCCCAUGCCGCUAAAUAAACCAACCAAAUCACAUAACAUAAGAGAUCCUGAACAGAGCAAAUGAUAAUGGUAUUGAAAUCGUUGCAGUUACUCACGCUUCAUAAUAUACUAUAGCCAAUCAAGGUGAUUUCUAAAACAUUCAAUUUGACAGCUUCCUGCACGUAAAGAAAAGUCACAUAAAUGGUGUUUCAGUGAAAAUCUUAUUUGCGCGAUAAAAUUUAUAUAGGCUACUUCCUCAUGUUUUACGACUUUAGUUUUGUAUAUUAUUGUUAAAAAGAAAAUGGGGGGGGGGUUACUGGUCCCUGAAUCAACGGUGGCUUAGCCACGUUGACUUAAAGUCCAAGAAAAGAACUACCCAUCACGCGUAAUUUUCAGAUAUGAACAUUAAAGGGAACGAUUUUCCAAAGAAUUCAUAUUAAUUUUAGGUCCGAGUGGGAAUGUUCCAGAUUGGGAAAAUUAUCACCCGGAGAAUGAAGAUUUUAAAUCAUAACAUCGAUUGAAAAAAAAUUACAUGUGAUUAGACACAAUCAAAACCCCUGCAGGUCUUCUUCAGCACAUGCGAAUUGCAUGUUUUCCUGUUUUGGAAAGACAAUUGCAGAGAGUGAGGGAAAUGGUCCUUUCGAAAAAAGGCCCAUUGUGGGGGAACGACGAUUUUCCAGGAAUGAUGGGGAAACUCUUCACUUAUGAUUCAUCAUUGUAAAGCUGCUCUUGAGGAAAUUAUGAUGGCAGUUUCAAUUCAUGUACAGUCGGACCUCACAAACAACUGGUCCUUUGGACUUUGCAGAUUACCAUAUAACAUGAACCGUGUAUUAUCAGGAAUGAAAACAGUGAAGACCAAAUAAUUGGGCCCUAAAAUUUCCUCUCAGUUUAAGCAGAAUGUUGUACUAACAAUGAUCUUAAUAACGAAGUUCGACUGAACAUGUUCCUAUCAUACUAAAGACGCAGAUUCAAGUAUAAAAAAAGAAAUAUAUUCUGAUAUGAAAACAUAUGCACCGGAAAUUGUUCAUUUAUUCCGGAGUGGUUUUAACUACGAUAAUCAUCUCCAGCCCCAAACAGAAGGCUGACAAAAAUUCCACAGACCGGCAAUGAAACAAACUACGAAUGAUUUCAGUGGAUAUACAAGCGGACUGGUGCAUGAUACACAAGCGAACUGGUGUAUCGACUAUUGUUUUAAAACACCCCUUUGAUAAAUCGAAUCCGUCCGGUUAUAAUCAACUUAUUUGGGGCAAAACCGUUUCUUUUGUAAUUUUGUUUUUGAUAUUGUGGCAGAAACGUUUCAAAGAGAACACCAAAGCAUCGAGUAGCUCGGACCAAGUUUACAAUAAUUAGGCCUAUGUGAAAUUCUUAGAUUUUUAUACGUAAAUCUGGGCUCGCCUUUCGUUCCAGGACAUUCAACUUUCUAUAUAACGCUGCUGAUGUCAUUGGUAAAUGUUAAAUACUUCAAAUACAUGUAGUUAUUCGAGUUCUUUUGUAUUCCUUUAUCAAUAAAACAGAAAUAGCCAGCUUAAAGAA